AUGGACAUCGACGCGGUUGACCCACCGCUUCUCCACUUCUACUCCUACAACCUUCUCCUCCUCCUCCUCGUCUCCGUCGUCCUUUUCCUCCGACAUCACCGGCGAAGGCGAAGCCUCCAGGUUGCCGCGAACGGAGCGACCGGGCCCGGCAACCACCGCCCGCAAUCGAACCCCGUUCUUGGCAACCUCGUCGCUUUCCUGCGCAACGGCCACCGCUUCCUCGACUGGACAGCCGACCUCCUCGCCGCCGCCCCGGCCUCCACCAUGCAGGUGCUCGGCCCACUCGGCGGCCUCGGCUACUGCGGCGUCGACACGGCCAACCCGGAGGUCAUCGACCACAUCGUGCGCGCCAACUUCCCCAGCUACGUCAAGGGCGCGCGCAUCCGGGCGGCGUUCGCGGACCUCCUCGGCGACGGCCUCUUCCUCGCCAACGGCCGCCUCUGGACCCUCCAGCGCAAGCUCGCCUCCUACUCCUUCUCCUCCCGUCUGCUCCGCCGAUUCUCUAGUCGCGUCCUCAGGGACCACAUCCACCGCCGCCUUGUCCCGUUUCUCGCUGCCGCUGCCGACUCCGGCGAGGCUGUUGACCUGCAGGACGUGCUCAGACGCUUCACGUUCGAUAACAUCUGCAGCGUCGCGUUCGGCGUGGACGACGAUAGGUCGUCGGCGCUGCUGGAUGAUCACCGGCACGGGGCCUUCUUCGCCGCGUUCGAUGAUGCCGUCGAUAUCUCCUUCGGCCGUAUAUUACACCCCACGACCCUCGGGUGGAGGGUCAUGAAGCUGCUCGAUGUCGGCAGCGAGCGGCGGCUCCGCCUGGCAAUCGCCGUCGUGGACGAGUACGUGACGGCGAUACUGCAGUCGAAGCAGCAGCGUCAGAGUGGAAAUAGUGAGGACGAACCGGACUUGCUAUCGCGCUUCAAGGCAGCGAUGGAGGAAGACGAAGCCAGUGAGCUCGGCCGAAUCUUUGCCUCGCCGGAAGCGAAGCGCCGGUUCCUGCGGGACACCGUCGUGACCUUCGUCCUCGCCGGGAAGGACACCACGUCCUCCGCUCUCACGUGGUUCUUCUGGUUCCUUGCCGCCAACCCGCGUUGCGAGCGCCGCGUCUACGAGGAGGUCACGUCGCUGGCGCUGGCGCCGUCAAGAGAAGCCGACGCCGACGUGGGCCGCCUCGCCGAUGGCGACGUCGAGAGCGAAGACGGGUACGACGAGCUAAAAGGAAUGCACUACCUGCACGCGGCGAUCACGGAGACUAUGCGGCUGUACCCCCCGGUGCCCAUGGUCUCCCGCGUGGCCGUCCACGAUGACGUGCUGCCGGAUGGCACGGUCGUGCGCGCCGGGUGGUUCGCCGACUACUCAGCGUACGCGAUGGGCAGGUCGGCGAGGGUGUGGGGCGACGACUGCCGCGUGUUCCGCCCGGAACGGUGGCUCGACGGACGCGGCCGGUUCGUGUCGGCGGAGGCGGCACGGUACCCGGUGUUCAACGCGGGGCCGCGCGCGUGUCUCGGAAAGGAGAUGUCGUACCUGCAGAUGAAAGUCGUCGCGGCAGCCGUGGUUAGGAGGUUCACCGUUGAAGUACUGGUGCCUGCCGGGAGCAUGGACAUGGCACCGGAGCACGAGAUGGCGGUGACACUGAAGAUGAAGGGCGGGCUCCGCGUGCGUUUCAAGAACCGAGCGCGUGCAGCAUGA